AUGGCAAACAUUUCUACUGAUAUCAAGAUUGGCGUUGAUUAUAUUAGUGCCGCUUGUAAUUGCUGUCCACAUUCUCUCGAUUGGCAAAAUGGUCCACGAUUAAUCUAUGGUGUGACGAACAGCGUAGCUCUUUGUUCUGAUACUGCACCUUUCUCUGUGCAAAAGACUUUUUCUGAUCAUCAAGGACGAUUGAAUUGUGUGAAAUGGGUUCGACAAGAACUACAUUAUGUAGAUUCAAACAAUGAUCAUUAUUUUCUCAGCGCAUCUGUCGAUAAAACAAUUGGCCUUUGGAAGGGGAAAGAUGACGAUUACGUUAAACAUGUUGCACUUACUGGACAUCAAAAUAGUGUGACAACUGUUGACGGGUAUCGACAGUCUUCUACCGGUGAUAUUUAUGUUGCAAGUGGUUCAGCAGAUUCAACAGUGAAAUUUUGGCAUAUCGCUGAUACGACAGCUAAAUGUCUGCAUACACUUGACUUUAAGAAUGGAUUUGCAAUUACCUUAGAAUUAGUGCCGUUAGAUCAACAUAAGGAUGUAUUCUUAUUAUUCGUUGCCACGGAUAAAAAUAACGUACACAUUUAUCACGUUUCAAAAGACGCGAUCGAACAAGUAUUCGUUUUAACUGGACACGAAGAUUGGAUACGUUCAAUAACUGUGCAAAAGACAACACCAUCUCAAUGGUUUGUUGCUACAUGUUCUCAAGAUAAUUAUAUUCGAAUAUGGCAAUUAUCAUUCGAUGAAAACAAUAAUCAAGUAAAUCAUGAUCCGUCAGCGUUAAAAUUAAAACGAAGUUCAUUCUCUCUGAAAAAUUCCGAUCAAUCUCAAACUAAUAUCGAUGUCGAACUCUAUUCGAUUCUAUUAGGACAUGAAGAAGCAAUAUACGGUCUUUGCUGGUAUCCGAAUACAGAUCGAAAAAAACCAGCAACAACACUUCUCUCUGCGUCAAUGGAUAAAUCAAUGGUUUUAUGGACAUUUGAUAACAAUCAAAAGAUGUAUAUCGAUAAAGCUCGUGUGGGUGAGAUCGGUGGUAACACACUCGGCUUUUAUGGAUGUACAUUCAGUCCAUGUGGAUCAUAUAUGCUCGGGCAUGGCUAUGAGGGUGCUUUACAUUUAUGGAAGAUAGAAGAAGUUGAUGAUCGUAUUAAUUUAAUUCCACAAGUGAUUAAUAGUGGCCAUUUUAGUACAGUUGAAGACUGUUGUUGGGACAAGCAUAGUGGCCGAUAUCUACUGAGUGUAUCGACGGAUAAAACAACUCGUUUACAUGCCGAAUGGAAACGAAAUGAAAUGAUUUCGUGGCACGAAAUUGGUCGACCACAGAUUCAUGGCUAUGAAAUGAAAUGCUUGACAUUCAUUGGUUCUGAUCAACAACGUAUCGUUUCUGGAGCUGACGAAAAGAUCUUACGCAUAUUCGACGCUCCGAAAAACUUUCUUGAGAAUUUUGCACGAAUCACCAAAAUCAAUGUCGAUGAAGAUAUUCAACGAGCUCAAUCGUUGCCUGAAGGCGCAAAUGUCCCUGCAUUAGGUCUAUCGAAUAAAGCGAUCUUCGAUAGUGAAGAAAAUCAAACAGCAGCAGCGACUACAGCCGCCAUCGAUGAUAAUCCUAUGACUGUGGAUGGGUUAUACAAAGAAGGAUUUUUCAAAGCAAUGGUUCUAAAUGAACCACCAUUUGAAGAACAUCUCUUACAGAACACACUUUGGCCUGAAAUACAGAAACUCUAUGGACAUGGUUAUGAAAUCAUUGCCGUUGCAUCGAAUCCUUCUGGUUCGAUUAUUGCUUCGUCUUGCAAAGCCAGUCAUCAAAACGAUGCAGCAAUUAUCUUAUGGAAUACAACAACUUGGAAACCCAUUGUUCGUUUAGCUAUUCAUCAAUUAACAGUUGUACGAAUGGCUUUCUCUAACGAUGGUCGAUAUUUACUAUCUGUUUCACGUGAUCGAUCAUGGUCUUUGGUCGAAGUUGAUGAAAAAAAUUUACAAGCUCAGCUCCUUAAACGAAUAUCAACGAAUAAUCCAUACCAUAAGCGUAUAAUUUGGACAUGUAGCUUUUCUCAUGACGACAAGUAUUUCGUUACCGGUGCACGUGAUCAAAUGAUACACGUUUGGCGUGUUCAAGACGAAAGUAAUGAUGAUAAUGAGCAACCCUGUGAAAAAAAUCCCUUGAAAUUAAUCGAUUCUGUCACGGCGGUUACCUUUGCUCCUCGACUAAUCAACACCGACAAAUAUUUUGUGGUUGCGGGUCUUGAUAAUGGUGCUAUGUUUCUCUACUCGUGGAACGAGCAAACAUCCUGGCAACAUUUGUCAUCAAUUAAUCCUCCAAUCGGCUUUCAUUUAACAGUGAAUCAUCUAUGUUUUCGUCCGUCGUUAUCCUCUCCAUCGGCAUAUCAAUUAGCCGGUUGUUCCAAUGAUGGAACUGUUCGAAUCUUUACUAUCUUGUUAUCUUGA